CAAAAAUCUUAAUUACAUUUAUCCUUCAUACCUAUUUUCCCUUAGAUGUCAGCUUUGUCAAGUAAUUCAAGGACAGGGUUGAUAUGAAAUUUUAAUAUGAGAAGUCAAGAGCAAAAGGAGCUAGUUUUUAGCAUGGCAAAAAUAAACAAAUGGGUGAAGAGUACCAUGUAUUGAAUCCUUGUCUUUGGUAUUACUAUGUGGACACUCAGAUCAUUGAGCUAGAAGCUCAAAUGACGCUAUUAAUGUGCAAUGCUAUCAUCAUAUUACGGAAAAACAGCAACUAAAGUAGUCUUCUAAUUUUAAUGAAUUAUACUUCCCAUUAGAGUGGAGGAAAUUGUCCAAGCUAGCAAUCUGCCCUUCUUGGGGGUGUUGUGUUGGAUACAAAUUGGCCUUUUGCAGCAAAGGGUAAGGAAUAAAGACUUAAAUACUUUUAAGUUGUCUACUCUUCCCCAAGUAAAGAUACGAAAAAGCAUGACUCAAGUGGCUAGACAUACAACUCCAAUAUGGAUCUUGCUGCUUUGAUUUGAUUAGAACUAUGAAGCUGAAGAGUAUCCAUUACUUGUAUGUCUAAAGGGCUUGAUAGGAUUCUGUAAAGGAAACUUGUGAGGAGGAUGGGACCCUUGUUGGAUUAAAAAGGUAAAGUUACUGUAAAUAUGCUAUGUUCCACUACCCUGAAGUGAAAAUAGCUCAUUACCUUUGGGGUAAAGGAAACAAGAAUCACGAAAAUGAAGUUUAUGAAACUUGGGACACGGCCAGAUACCUUCUAUACAGAAGAGGCUACCAGGUCUGUGAUAUCAGAUAUACCUAGCGACCUUGUUAUCCGAAUCAACAACAUUAAUUAUCUUCUUCAUAAGUUGCAGUUUCCACUGCUUCCAAAGUGUGGCCUCUUACAAAGACUAUGUCCUGAUUCUGAUGAUUCAAGCACUAUCACUAUAGAGCUUCAUGACAUUCCUGGAGGAGAAGAGGCUUUUGAGCUGUGUGCCAAGUAUUGCUACGGCAUAACAAUUAAUCUCAGUGCCCAGAAUAUUGUACCUGCUUUUUGUGCAGCUAAAUUCCUUCGAAUGACUGAAUCAGUUGAAAAGGGAAAUUUUGUUCUGAAGCUUGAGGCCUUUUUCAAUUCGUGCAUUCUUGAAGGUUGGAAGGAUUCCAUUGUCACAUUGCAGACCACUGCUAAGUUGACUGAGUGGUCGGAGAAUCUUGGAAUCAUCAGAAAAUGCAUUGAUUCAAUUGUUGAAAAAAUCCUUACACCCCCUGCAAAGGUCACAUGGUCCUACACUUACACGAGACCAGGGUUUAAGAAGUCUCAGCAAUCUGUCCCCAAGGAUUGGUGGACGGAAGACAUAUCUGACCUCGAUAUAGAUCUCUUCCGAUGUAUAAUCACAGCCAUAAGAUCAACAUAUAUACUGCCAUCACAGCUUAUCGGUGAAGCAUUGCAUGUAUAUGCUUGCCGUUGGUUGCCGGACAGUACAAAGAUUCAACCUUCUCAUAGUAUGGUGUCUCAAACUGAAGAUGUUACAGAAAAGAACAGAAAAAUUCUUGAAGCCAUUGUGAGUAUGAUUCCAGCAGACAGAGGGUCAGUUUCUGCUGGCUUCUUGCUAAGACUUCUUAGCAUUGCCAACUACUUAGGAGCAUCACCCAUUACAAAGACAGAACUCAUAAGGAGAUCUAGUCUGCAAUUAGAAGAGGCAACAGUAACUGAUCUGGUCUUUCCUUCCCACUCAUCCUCCAAUCAGUAUUAUUAUGACAUUGAUUUGGUUGCGUCAGUAAUAGAAGGUUUCUUAAUGCUGUGGAGAAGGCACCCACCAGAAUCUCUAGAAAACACUCAAGUUUUAAGAUCCAUUAGGAAGAUUGGAAAGCUUGCAGACUCUUACCUUCAAGUGAUAGCAAGGGAUAAGAACAUGCCUGUAUCUAAAGUGGUAUCACUUGCUGAAGUUUUGCCAGAUAUUGCAAGGAAAGAUCACGAUGACCUUUACAAGGCGAUCAAUAUUUAUCUUAAGGAGCACCCUGACCUGACCAAGGCAGACAAGAAACGUCUCUGCAGGAAUCUAGACUGCCAAAAACUGUCACCAGAAGUGCGUGCACAUGCUGUCAAGAAUGAGCGGCUUCCGUUAAGAACGGUUGUACAAGUCCUCUUCUUUGAACAAGAGAAAGGUUCCAAAGAAACAGAUCACAGAAUGCUAGCCCAGGAGUUAAUCUCCAGAGGGAAACAGAUGCAGAUAUCUGGAGACAGCACGAAUAAGCUGCAAUCAGGGGCAGACGGACAAGGAACUAUGGAGGGGAUGAGAAGAACUCCAAUGCCUGAAGGCAGCACAAGAGAUCAUCAAAGCUUUAAGAGACAAUCAGAGUCUGAAAGAAAGUUGAAGAGUGGAGAAAUAGAGGAAGUAGAAUCCAAGAAAGGUAAAGAAACUAGAGAAGGAGGAAGUUCAGGAAGUAAAUUAGAUCCCAAGAAGAUAAUGAAGAGCAGAAGUAGAUCAGACCAUGGCCGUGACAAAAGUAGGGACAGGUAGCAAAAUGAAAAAGAAGAAAAUAUCCAUUUACUUUCUUCCUUUGUAUUGCAAUAUUGCUGUAUGUAAUUUGUUCUUACUGUAAGAAAUUAAUGUUUAGUUCUGGAACUACUUUAUUGUCA